AUGACCCCAGACGUUGUGAUUGUUGGAGCGGGUGCAGCAGGUAUAUCAGCUGCCGUUAAAUUAAAUAAAUGCGGCUUUAAAAACGUGAUCGUAUUAGAGGCCAGUGAUAGAAUUGGCGGCAGAAUUUGCACAAAACCAUUUGGAAGCAAUAAAGUUGAUUUGGGAGCGCAAUGGUGCCAUGGCCAAGAGGGAAAUAUUGUAUACGAUAUAGUGAAGGACAUGGAUCUGUUAAGUGGCUCUGAAAUGUACCACGACAAUGAAUUUUUGGUUUCAGAUGGAACAAUCGUUCCCAAAAACAUUUCUAGGAAACUUGAAAAUCUUUAUCACAAAAUUGCAUCAAAAGACGACGGGAUGAUAAACUCUGAUUUAUCACUCGGGCAGUUCAUGAUCAACAAUGCAAAUUCUGCUGAACAAUUACAAGACGAGGACGAAGAAAGUGGUUGCUUCUGUGUUAAGUGCGAUGCAUUUUUAACCAGUUUCUGGUAUUAUAAACUUAUGAAAUUAAAUGAAUAUCAAGAUGUAGAUGAGACCCUUAGUGAACAAUUUUUGGAAUGGUGCCAUAGAUUCCACAAUAGCUAUGAUGCUUCUGAUAAAUGGUUCGAAAGCUCUGCAAAAGGAUAUUUGGAGUAUCACGAAUGUCCUGGACAUCCUUUGUUGAAUUGGAAAGGCGCUGGAUAUCUGAGAUUUUUAGAAGUUAUUAUGAAUAAAUAUCCCGAUGAAAACAAAGCAUUAAAAUUAGAUAUUCGCUUUCAUAAAGAAGUUAUAUCAAUAGAAUGGGAGCGACCGACAGCAAAAAAAUCUGUAAUAAUAAAAUGUAAAGAUAAUUCUACAUAUGAGGCAGAUCAUGUUAUCGUUGCUGUUCCUUUAGGAGUGCUUAAAAAUAGUCCGACAUUAUUUACACCAAAUUUGCCACAGUACAAAAAAAAUUGUAUAGAAAAUCUGGGUUUUGGCACUGUCGAUAAAAUUUUUCUUCGCUUCGAAAACAAAUGGUGGCUUCCUGAAUGGAACGGUAUCAGAUUAUUGUGGACUGUUGAAGAUAGAGAGGAAUUACUUAAAAAGAAUGAAUUAGAAAAAUGGGUGGAUGAUGUAUUUGGCUUCUACACCGUGGAUCAAUGUUCCGAUGUGCUCUGCGGUUGGGUGACUGGUCCUUCGGCAAAAAUUAUGGAGUCUUUGAGCGAUGAAAAAGUUUUACAAAUAUGUUCAGAUUUAAUAAGAAAAUUUGUGACAAAAUAUGAAUCAAAAACUGCUAAAAGGUACUGCGAUCCUGUUGAGGUAUUAAGAAGCAAAUGGGGAACAAAUCCAUAUAGCCGAGGUUCUUAUUCGCUUCGACUACUAAAAACUGAAAAUUUUGGUGGCAGUUCUACAGAAUUAUCACAACCUGUCAUUGAUGCAUCAGGAAGGUCAGCUAUUUUAUUUGCUGGAGAAGCUACGAGUCAGAAUUAUUAUUCAACGGUCCACGGAGCUACCGAAAGCGGUUUUAGAGAAGCUAAUAGAAUAAUUAAUCUCAGCAAAAGCACAAAGAAUGGCCAGUGAUGAAUAUUAAUAAAUUAACAAAAAAUAAUUGUUUCACAUGUGGAAUUUAUUAUA